UGGGCGGGGCUGUGUAGCUGUACGGGAGUAGUGGAUUUGAUCCCUUAUGUUUUAACCGUUUAUAUGUGCGAAUCCAGGCCAAGGCUCUCCACAGAUCAAACUUGAGUCUCAUUCUGUUUCUUCUUCUGGAACACUAAAAUCAUGGCAGCAAAUAAGAGCAAAAACCAGAGUUCGCUGGUUCUGCAUAAGGUGAUCAUGGUGGGCAGCGGCGGCGUGGGGAAAUCAGCUCUAACGCUGCAGUUCAUGUAUGACGAGUUUGUGGAGGACUACGAGCCCACCAAGGCCGACAGUUACCGGAAGAAGGUGGUCCUGGAUGGAGAGGAGGUGCAGAUUGAUAUUUUGGACACGGCGGGGCAGGAAGACUACGCCGCCAUCAGGGACAACUACUUCCGCAGCGGAGAGGGUUUCCUUCUGGUUUUCUCCAUCACAGAGCCCGAGUCCUUCAGCGCCACGUCAGACUUCAGGGAGCAGAUCCUGAGAGUGAAAGCAGAGGAUGAUAAAAUCCCUCUGUUAUUGGUGGGGAAUAAGUCUGAUUUGGAGGACAGGAGGCAGGUGUCUGCGGACGAGGCCCGGACCAAAGCGGACGAGUGGUCUGUUCAGUAUGUGGAAACAUCAGCCAAAACCAGAGCCAACGUCGAUAAGGUCUUCUUUGAUCUGAUGAGGGAGGUGCGGACGAAGAAGAUGUCCGAGAACAAGGAGAAGAACGGGAAGAAGAGCGGCAAGAAGAAGAAGAGCUUGAAAGAGAGAUGCACGCUGCUUUGAGCCGCACAAACGCUUGAUUCCCUCGUCAAGCUCUCCUGUCCUGGACUGAGCCGUUCUUCUGGUGAUGAGGAGACCAGAUCUUCCUCCUCGAGCGUUUUUCUUGCCAAAUACAAUCGAACCAGAACCAUAAGCCACUGUGCCGACCUCAACUACAAAUCUUCCAUAUCUUUAAAGGACUUUUUAUAUGUUUCUACCAGUUUUGUAAAAAUGCAGGCUUUGUAACUUUCCAAAAGUCACUUUUUUUAAUACUCAAACGCAAGUUAUAUUCAUUAUGCUGCAUCACUGUUCUUCAUUCAUGAAGCAGGAAUAGAAUCAUUUUUUAAAGUAAAUUGUUGCAUUGAAUUAAAGGCUACAAUUUGUGACAAACUAUUUAGAAAUUAGUUAUCCUUGAAUUUCACACAUGCAUGUAAAUCUUUUUGUGUUAAAUACUCUAUUUUAUCUGCCUUUCACUUCUUUUAAGGCAAAGGCAACAGACAUAUAUGUAUUUGCUUUGCAUGCAUUAUUAUGCAGCUUAACACAGCUGAGGAAGGUGCAGACUUUGUGCUUUUAUUAUAAAACAGACACACAAUUGAAAGUAUAUUUUUGUAAUCAAAUCACUUUGUUUAUUGAUUACUCUGCCUAGUGAUUACAGACCAAAUAAA